AUGGCGGCUAAAUCGGACGGGGUCCUGAAGAUGAAGAAGAGCGACGUGGCCUUCACACCCCUGCAGAACUCGGAGCACUCCGGCUCGGUUCAAGGACUCCACCCGGGCGCCCAGCUCGACUCUGCGGGCACUGGGGACGGGGACUUUGCCAACGGCGAGUCGCGGUGUUGCGGCGGGGGAGGCUCCAACACGACGUGCCUUCGCCUGGCGAGGGAGCAGCAGAAAUACACGGUAUGGGACUGCCUGUGGAUCGUAGCCGCAGUGACCGUGUAUCUGGCCGACGUAGGUACCGACGUGUGGCUGUCAGUCGACUACUACCUCCGGCGCGACUACUGGUGGUUCGGCCUGACGCUCUUCUUCGUGGUGCUCGGCUCCUUCUCAGUCCAGCUGUUUAGCUUCAGAUGGUUCGUCCACGACUUCAGUACCGAGGAUGUUGUGGAAUCCGCCGCCGAUUGCGCCCAUAUGGAUGGGAAUAAGCUACUGAGCGGCUCUGCCUCGCACGGCGACGUUACCGCUCAGCAUCACCCGGCCACGCCGCAGAGACAGGCGUCGACCGCCAGCAAGAACACCACGACCAACAGCACCGCGAGCACCGCGGUGUGCAGCAGGAGUAGGAAACGAUCGGCCUAUUACUCCUUUUGCGUCUGGUUCGGCCAGUCUGUCAUCCACAUCCUCCAGCUGGGCCAGAUAUGGAGGUAUUUCCAUACCAUCUACCUGGGUGUUCGGAGUCGUCAGAGUGCUGAGACAGAGCGCUGGCGUUACUACUGGAGGAUGGUCUAUGAGUUUGCAGAUGUGAGCAUGCUGCAUCUACUGGCCACCUUUCUGGAGAGUGCUCCACAACUGGUGCUGCAGUUGUGCAUCAUCAUACAGACACACAAACUCCAGGCUGUGCAAGGUAUGACAGCAGCAGCAUCCCUUGUCUCUCUGGCCUGGGCCCUGGCUUCCUACCAGAAAGCCCUCAGAGAGUCUCGCGAUGACAAGAAGCCCAUCAGCUACCUGGCUGUCAUCAUUCAGUUCUGCUGGCACUUCUUCACUAUUGCUGCGAGGGUCAUCACCUUUGCCUUGUUUGCCUCUGUGUUCCAACUCUACUUUGGCAUCUUCAUUGUCCUGCACUGGUGUAUCAUGACCUUCUGGAUUGUCCAUUGUGAGACAGACUUCUGCAUCAGCAAAUGGGAGGAGAUUGUGUUUGACAUGGUGGUGGGCAUAAUCUACAUCUUUUCCUGGUUCAACGUCAAGGAGGGACGGACAAGGUGUCGACUUUUCAUCUAUUACCUGGUGAUCCUGGUGGAAAAUGCAGCUCUCAGUGCAUUAUGGUACCUUUAUCGGUCUCCUCACACCACUGACGCCUUUGCAGUACCAGCACUCUGUGUCAUCUUCAGCAGUUUCCUCACCGGUGUGGUUUUCAUGCUCAUGUACUAUGCCUUUUUCCAUCCGAAUGGGCCACGCUUUGGACGCUCACCGAGCGGCCAGGGUCUCGACUUGGACCCCACUGCUCAGUUCUCCACACUACCAUCUGAAGGUGCCACCAACUCACUGCGUUCCAACCGCGGUGCCACCACAACCCUGGAGCGUGACAUGGGGAAGUAUUCUGAGCGGGACGGCUGCAUGCCCGUUUUUCAGGUCCGACCCACAGUGCCAUCCACACCAUCAUCUCGUGCUCCACGGCUCGAAGAAACUGUCAUCAAAAUCGAUCUUUGUAGGAACCGCUACCCAGCCUGGGAGCGCCAUGUUCUUGACCGCAGUAUACGCAAGGCAAUCCUGGCCAUAGAUUGCUCACUGACUCCUCCACGGCUGCAGUACAAAGAUGAUGCUAUGGUGCAGGAGAGGUUGGAAUAUGAGACCACAUUAUAA